AUGGCCUCUCAAGUAUCUCAUGGACAAACCUAUCCAAUCUUUCAGGAUUACCUCCCUGGUUCUUCUGACUUUCCUGAACAGAACAAGCCUGUUGAACCAAAAAGUCUCUGGAAGCAAAUACCACAUGUUCAUGACUUGCCACCUGGUCUGGAGUACCUGAACCAGAUGGACAGGAUAAUUAUUCAUCAGCAAGUGGAGCUUCUGGAAGCUGUACUUGGCAGAGAGACCUCCAGCAAAUAUGAGAUAAAAAACCAUUUGGGACAAAGAGUUUACUUUGCAGUAGAAGAAAACGAUUGCUUUAACCGUAACCUGUGUUCACGUAUAAGGUCUUUCACCAUAAGGAUUGAGGAUAACACGGGCCGAGAAGUGAUUCGAGUGAUCAGACCCUUGAGAUGCAACAGCUGCUGCUGCCCCUGCUUCCUACAGGAGUUAGAAGUUCAGUCACCACCAGGUACAAUAGCUGGGUAUGUUGUACAGAACUGGGACCCUUUUCUGCCAAAGUUUACUGUACAGAAUGAAAGCAAAGAAGAUGUACUAAAAAUAAUUGGCCCAUAUGCAACCUGUGGCUGUUUUGACGAUGUUGACUUUGAGGUAAAAGCUCUCAAUGAGAUGACAACAAUUGGCAAAAUUUCCAAGUACUGGUCUGGAUUUGUAAACAACGUCUUUACCAACACUGCCAACUUUGGGAUCCUUGUCCCUGUAGAUCUUGAUGUGAGAAUCAAGGCAGUAAUGAUUGGUGCUUGUUUCCUCAUUGACUUAAUGUUCUUUGAAAACUCUUUGGAUGGACUAUAA